AUGCCUGCAUACCACUCACAAUUUAACGACGGCGACUAUCAAUCUGUUGGCAAUAUGUAUUUAUUGCCCAUCAAGACCAAGUUUAGAGGCAAUGCACCUUAUGCUGACCCUAACACUGAGGAUAUUAUUGACGAGGCACUCGAUUUAUUUCGUGCCAACUGUCUCUUUCGUAACUUUGAAAUCAAGGGCAAUGCAGACCGAGUUCUCAUCUACUUGAUUUUGUUUAUUUCACAAUGUCUCGGCUCCUUAAACAAGUUGACACCUCAAGGAGAAGCACUCAAAUCCUUGAGUACGCUGGCUGUUUCUAAUUUCUCUAUUCCUAGUGACCCUUCUUUUCCUUUGAACGCCAUGUAUCAAGCGCCUACUGACAAAUUCCAAGCAGAACAAAUGAAGCAAUAUAUGCAACAACUUCGUCAGGAACUUGUGGUUCGAUUGGUGGAUAGAAUUUACAUUGAUGGACAUCCAAGCAAGUGGUGGAUGUGUUUCUCUAAAAGAAAGUUCAUGAAUCUUAGUCUUUAA